AUGGACUCUCAAGGUGGCAGCGUCAAGGCUGGCCAUCUCUGCGUCCUCGUCCACGGACUAUGGGGCAAACCAGAACACAUGCGCAACAUUGCGAAAUGUCUUCGCGACGAAUACUCCCGAGACGAGCUAUACCUCCUGCUGGCUAAGCGCAACACGGGCAGCUUCACCUAUGACGGCAUCGAGCGCGGCGGCGAGCGCGUAUGCGCUGAGAUUGAAGAGGAGCUGCGCAAUAUCGAAGCCGCGGGCGGCAAGAUCUCCAAGCUCAGCAUAAUUGGGUACUCGCUCGGCGGGCUGGUCUCGCGAUACACGGUCGGCCUGCUGUAUGCCAAGGGCAUCCUGGAUAGCAUGGAGUGCAUGAACUUUUGCACGUUUGCGAGCCCUCAUCUCGGCGUGCGCACGCCCCUCCGCGGCUGGCACAACCACAUUUGGAACGUCGUCGGCGCGCGCACGCUGUCCAUGUCGGGCCAGCAGCUAUUUACCACGGACUGUUUCCGCGACACCGAGCGGCCCCUCUUGCAGGUCAUGGCGGACCCAAAAUCCAUCUUCAUGUCAGGCUUGCGCAAGUUUAAGCGACACACGCUCUACGCCAACAUCACCAACGACAAGAGCGCCGUGUACUACACAACGUGCAUCCAAAAGACGGACCCCUACCGCAACCUCGAUCUCAUCCGACCCAACUACAUUCCCGGCCGCGGCGAGGUGCUCCUCGACCCGCAGACGCCGUUUCUGCCGCGGCCCAAACUGGCGCAGACAACAUCCUUCUGGACCACCGGUCUGCGGUACCUAAAGCGGAUCCCGCUGGCGGUGGCAAUUGCCGUGUUUGUGCCGAUCGGCGUGGCGGCGUACCUCGUCAACUCGGUGAUUCAAAACGUGCGCAGCUCGCAGCGCAUCAGGCUGCACGAAAAGGGCCAGCUGGGCGUCAGCAUCGAGGAGUACCGGGUGCCGCUGCUGAUCAAGGAGCUGCGCGGCGAGGUGGAGUCGGCGUACGAAGCGCUCAACAACUCGCAGGGGCAAGAGUACUUGGGUGAGGAUGAUGACGAGGACGACGAGGACGAGGCGAUGAACGCCGAGGAGAGGCAGGUGCUGACGCGGGAGCGCAGGCUGUCGCAGCCGACGCAGCCGACGCUGGCGCUGGCGCCGUGCCAGUUUGACAUGAUUCGGAACCUGGACACGCUGGGCUGGCGCAAGUACCCGGUCUGGAUCCAUGGGACGGGGCAUGCACACGGUGCGAUUAUUGCGCGGAUUGACAAGAGAAAGUAUGACGAGGGGUUCAUUGUGCUGGGACACUACGCAGAAAAGGAAUUCUUACUGUAG